ACGUGACGUCGCGAAGGAACAUGGCGCUUCGGAGGGGAUGAGUUUCACGAUAGUCACGUUUGAUUUAUUCCUGUCAGUCUGCGUUUACUUGAAUAACGUCAAGCGGCAUCCACCGAAUAUGAUAGGGCGUCGGGCUCGUUCGCACCUUUUGUCCGAGUGGACACCGGAAACGGGCGUUUAGUAGCCGUGUUCGUUGUCGUUAGCGACUGUUAUCAUCGACAUGCUAGCCGAAGCUAAGUGACUAAAGAGCGACAGCAUGCUUGCCUACGUUCACGUUCUAUUGUUAACCAAUGACUGAAACACGACUUGUCAUCAUCGUACCUGAGCGUCAGUUGUUGUUGACGACGACACUUGCAACCAUCUAGCGGCUUGUUUCGAAGCCAAGCCAGGAGGAUGAAGAGCUGCCACGGAUGUGUUCCGCUGCUGCUCAAGGCGGUCUUGCUGUGGGUAUGCUGGCCAGCUGAAGGUGCCCCGUUUCAGGAUCGCCACAGCACAGACGGCAACGUGGGUGAUCCAUUUUACGUGUCUCUCUGCUUGGCCCUGACGGCACUGGUGACAUUGGUGGUGCUGCUGGUGAACUGUGUGAGCUGUUGCAAGGAGAGGGAGAUCAACUUCAAGGAAUUCGAAGACCACUUUGAUGAUGAGCUCGACUUCACACCGCCAGCCGUGGACACGCCGUCUAUGCAGUCACCGGCUGAGGUGUACACUCUCGCCGUCUCCCCUGUGGCCUUGCCCGGACCCCCGCACCUUCAACCUGCAGCGCCCAUCACAGAGGGAUCCACAGGCUUCCAGGUAGCCCGUCAUAGUCUGAGUUAUAUCCAAGAAAUUGGCAAUGGAUGGUUUGGCCAGGUGAUCCUGAGUGAAAUCUAUACAGAUCCCGGUGGCACCAGAGUGAUCGUGAAGGAGUUAAAAGCCAAUGCAAAUGCCAAGGAGCAGAAUGAGUUCCUGCAGCAGGGGGAUCCUUAUCGAGUAUUGCAGCACCCAAACAUCCUCCAGUGCCGUGGACAGUGUGUCGAAGCGAUUCCCUUUCUGCUUGUUUUUGAGUACUGUGAAAUGGGGGAUUUGCGAGGCUAUUUGUCUCAGCAGGACUGGACAUUCAGAAGUGCUGAGAUACUGCAGCUGCAAAGGAUGGCCUGCGAAAUCGCUGCCGGUCUCACUCACCUUCACAAAUACAACUUCCUGCACAGUGAUUUAGCCCUGAGGAACUGCUACCUGACGGCAGAUCUUACUGUCAAAAUUGGAGACUAUGGAAUUGGGCCCUAUGCAUACAAAGAGGAUUAUAUCAUCACAGAGGACGAUGUAUUUGCGCCCCUCCGCUGGUUGGCUCCUGAGCUGGUGGGCGAGCGCCAUGGAGGUGUGAUCACUUUGGAGCAUACCAAGCCCAGCAAUGUUUGGGCCUUGGGGGUCACUUUGUGGGAGCUUUUUGAGAAUGCUGGUCAACCAUAUCCACAUCUGUCUGACCGGGAGAUUCUCAAUCAUGUGAUCAAGGAGCAACAAGUCAAACUCUUCAAGCCGCAACUGGAGCUUCCUUAUUCUGAGAGAUGGUUUGAGGUCCUGCAGUUCUGCUGGCUCUCCCCUGACAAGCGUGCGACAGCAGAGGAAGUUCACCGUUUACUCAUCUACCUGCGCAUGCAAGGCCAAAGGGACAUAGAAGAAGACUUUGAGCAGCGCUGGGACGCUCUCAAGCCAAGCGUUUUGACACGACAGACUGUUAGCCACUCAUCCUUCCCAAUCCUGGAGCAGUUUGCGGACGAUGCGCUGCAGCAGGACAUCGAUGAAGUCCUGACCGUCACUGAAACCAGCAAAGGACUCAGUUUUGAAUACAUUUGGGAGGCAGCCAAGCACGACCACUAUGACAGCAGCCAUUCUCACCCAGGCAUGGACACAUCAGUGAACUACCAUAGCAUGUUCUUUCCCGUUUCCACUGAAGACAUCCAGGCCCAUUUCCCAGAUCCUAUCGCCAGAUCAUCAGCUGCUGGUGGUGGUGGGAACACUCCGUCUGGAAUACCUGGAAUAGUGCCAGUGUUCGAUGCCCAGAAGCCAGCUAAUGGCAAUGGUUACUACAUACAGCUUGAAGACCAAGCAGGAGAAAGCCAUAUUGGACAAGAUGGCGCUCAAAAGACAGGCUUCAAUUCAAGCCAACAAGACUUUGUUGUUCUCCAAGAUGUUCGUUUGGAUGAAUCUAGCACGGACGCCGACUUUUUUCACCACAGUAUCGAUUCCAAGGAUUCUUAUUUACCAGACAGUCACAUCUGGUCAUCUCUUGAAAAUGACAGUCCAUACCACACUAAUAUUUUCACAGAGGGAGAGUCCAAGCAGGAGGACUCUGUAUCUUGGAGACAGGAUUUUGUGGCGCUUCCAGAGCGCAACGGGAACCCUUUUUGUGUAAAUAUUCCUUUGGAUGUGCAGGACAUGAAUGCGCGGGAUUCUUUUUUAGGGAGUUGUUCAGAAGCCACUCACCGGACUCAGGAGGAGGACAGUGCUGAUAUGAAGAGAAUUCAGAACACUGCUAAACUGGCUGAGAAUUAUCAGUUUCUUAGGGAACAUGACCUGAUGAAAGAAGGCACACAGUUUUUAAAUCCACAGCAGAAUUUUCUAUCACCCGGUGUCGUCCAUGAACCGGAGGAAACCUUCAAGAUGGCUUCUUGGGACAACCUGGACGCCUACGGCAGCUUAAACACAGCAGAUACUUAUUUAAAACCUACAUGUAGUAGCACAUCCCCGAGACGGGUACCUUUGGACUCGUCUAGCACCAACUUCGGGGAACAUAACCCGUUUCGGAUACAAAAUGAAACACUAUUGCCUUUCAUUACUGUUGUGUCAGAAGACGAAUUAAGCAACCAGCUGUCAGCUAGUAACAGUUCUUCCACUGAGGACCUCACUCUGCUCCCACCCUCAGACAGAGACGUAGACUCUGAUUUCCAUUCUACCUCAGAAAUGUUAGAUAUUAUCAUUAGUCCGACUGAAGAGCAGAUUCCCGUGUUCUCUGAAAGUGCCACUACAGACAUAUUGUACAUGGAUGCCAAUCUCUUCACCCUUGACCGUGACAAUGAAACCUCAAACAGUAGUGCUCAAGAACUCAUUGGAAGUCAAAUAACUGAGAAGCCGCACAUCCAAGCAUCGGUUUCAGACAGUGGACAUGUUGACGAUCUGACGAGCGUUGAUCUGUUGAGUGAACCCAUUGAGGACGCUGAUUUGGAAAUGGAAACAAAUCUGUUAGAACACGAAGAAUUAUUUAUAGAUGCCAAUGGACAACCUAUCGGCAGAUCCUCUCUGCUGGUCUCCGGCCCUUCUUUGGACCAGAUUAGCCAGGACAGCUUGCUAGAGGACAGCCUGUCUAUCACUCUACCAACUGUUGACCACUCUGCUGAGACACCAGACUCUUUAGACUCCCUGGACAUUCACCGGCUCGGAGACCAGCACAAGCUCCAGCCUCCGUACAAGAUAGCUGACAGUGGGUAUGAGACGGAGAACCUUGAGUCUCCUGAGUGGAACUCUCAGCCCAACAAUAAAGACCUCUCCCCUGUGAAAAAUGGCGGGAGUGUAGCUCAAAAGGAAAACAAUACAGACGAGACUACUACUGCAACAAAUCUGGUGCCUCCGGAAAUUGUCAUCUCUGAAGCUGAUGGCACGCCAGACACUCCUGGUGAGGAUCAUCUUGAAGUCAUUCCUGUCGAAGAACCGCUCAUGAGUAGUAAUUACAGAGACUCCGCCUACUUCUCAGACAAUGAAUCAGAGCCAGAGAAGAAAGCUGAAUAUACCAAUGCGGAAGGUUCCGUCGAAGUCUCUUCGCUGCAGAACGCUACCAAAGUUGCGGUCCCAGUACGGGAAAGUCAGAUGGAAAGUUUUGUUGAGUCUUUAAUACCACAGCAAGUUUUUUCUGCUGCCCCAGAAGUGCAGGGUGACAUCAGAGAAGAACUAGAUCCAUCUCCAGAGAUGCAUUCAGACGUCAAGACAUUUUUAACAGAAACUCAAAGCUGGUCAAAUCACGACAGACACAAAUCUUACUUUUUCAACGACCUACCCGAGUCUCCUGAGCCAGAUCCCCCUUUCCCCACCAGUCCGCUUCCAUUGCCCGAGGACGCUGUUCACACCAAGCUAACCAGGACCUUUGCCGGGGAGGCCCAUAAGAUAAAAGAGCCCGACGUGGAGGGCCGUUACCUGGGCCGGCGGGACGGCCCAGAGGACGGCGCGGACGCCGACGAGGAGAACGAAAACAGCGACGACUCUGACGAGGACAUUCAUGCCUACCAGCUGCACAGCUCCAGCUCUGACAGCGAGGAGGAAGGCGCGCACGCCGUGCCGCUCAUCAUCUCGGACGAUAGCGACGCCAAGAAUUUGAGGAGCUUAUUGAAACCUACGACCUUCAACAUUGGGGCUCCAGCCUCCUUGGCCACGACCACCAGGAGAGCUGUCUCCUUCUUUGAUGAUGUCACCGUCUACCUCUUUGACCAGGACACCCCCACUAAGGAGCUGGGUGACCACCCGUCUGGCUCCAACACGCACACGCCACAGUUUAGCAGCCCGGUGCCAAGUUCCAGCUACCUGAACCGCUUCACCAACUCUGAGAGCUCCACAGACGAAGAAGGGGGUGGUUUUGAGUGGGACGACGACUUCCCCUCGGCACCCGCCUUCUCCUCCAAAACGCACAAAGAUGUGGCGGCGUCCAAGAGCUCAGCGCCGUCCCGCAUCUCAUCCCCGGCCGUCGCAGUGGCGGCUUCCAGCUGGGGAAGCUCCUCCAACUACUCACGCUUCUCCAUCUCACCAGCCAGCAUCGCUAGCUUCUCUCUGACGCACCUCACCGACUCUGACAUUGAACAAGGAGGCUAGUGCACAACACACCUGCUAAGAAUCUGUGUCGUAGCUGACUUAAUCCACCUCUUAAAUCCUCCACCAUGUCACAAUUAUAGAAUCCAUCCAUACAAUACAAAAAGAAAUACUCUAAUCCCUCAUUUUAUUGCGGGGGUUACAUUCCUACCCCCGCAAUAGACCAAAUCUGCAAUGUAGAGACCAUUUUAUUGUAUUAUUUGUAUGAAUUUAAGUUUCAUAUGCAUUACAGUGUCAAUAAGUGAUACUUUAGAGAGGCGCAGGUGCUCUAUUUGUCCACAUGAGGUCACCAAUACACACUCUACACAAGCACAGUAUACACAGUGUUGAUGGUGCACUGCUUCCCCCUCCCGAGAAGCUGUCGGGAAGUCUUUCUUCAUGGCCUCACCGAACUCCUCCUGUAACCGAGUUUUUGCUUCAGCGACCACCACAGCUGCAUUCCGCUUGGCCAGCCGGUACCCAUCAGCUGCCUCAGGAGUCCCACAGGCCAAAAAGGCCUUUAUAGGACACCUUCUUCAGCUUGACGGCAUCCCUCACCGUUGGUGUCCACCAACGGGUUCGGGGAUUGCCGCCACGACGGGCACCGACCACCUUACGGCCAGAGCUCGGCUCGGCCGCCUCAGCAACGGAGGCGCGGAACGUGGUCCACUCGGACUCGAUGUGCCCGCCUCCCCCGGAACUUGAGCAAAGUUCUGUCGGAGGUGGGAGUUGAAACUCCUUCUGACGGGGUAUUCUGCCGGACGUUCCCAGCAGACUCUCACAAUACAUUUGGGCCUGCCACGUCGGACUUGUCAUCUUCCCCCACCAUCGGAGCCAACUCACCACCAGGUGGUGAUCAGUUGACAGCUCCGCCCGUCUCUUCACCCGAGUGUCCAAGACGUGGCCGCAAGUCCGAUGACACGACCACAAAGUCGAUCAUCGAUUUGCGACCUAGGGUGUCCUGGUGCCAAGUGCACGUGUAGACACCCUUAUGCUUGAACAUGGUGUUCGUUAUGGACAAUCCGUGAUGAGCACAGAAGUCCAAUAACAGAACACCGCUCGGGUUCUGAAUGGGGGGUGCCGUUCCUCCCAACCACGCCCUUCCAGGUCUCACUGUCAUUGCCCACAUGAGCAUUGACGUCCCCCAGCAGAACGAUGGAGUCCCCAAGCGGGAGCGCUCUCCAGCACCCCCUCCAGGGACUCCAAAAAGGGUGGGCACUCUGAACUGCUGUUUGGUGCAUCGGCACAAACAACAGUCAGGACCCGUCCCCCCCACCCGAAGGCGGAAGGAGGCUACCCUCUCAUCCACCGGGGUGAACCCCAACGUACAGGCGCCGAGCCGGGGGGCAAUAAGUAUACCCACACCUGCUAGGCGCCUUUCACCGUGGGCAACUCCAGAGAGAAAGAGAGUCCAACCCCUCACAAGAGGACUGGUACUAGAGCAAAAGCCGUGUGUGGAGGCGAGUCCGACUCUUAUCUAGUCGGAACUUCUCGACCUCGCACACCAGCUCGGGCUCCUUCCCUGCCAGAGAGGUCACGUUCCACGUCCCUAGAGCCAGCUUCUGUAGCCGGGGAUCGGAUCGCCAAGGUCCCCGCCUUGGGAAGGGGGAUCCACGUUUUAAAAAAAAAAAUUUAAAAAAAUGGAGAGAAUAGAUUGUUGGGAAUAUAGCAAUACAAUUUGCAUCGUCAUUGACUGAUUUUUUUUGUGUGUGUCCCUAUUAGGAAGCAGUGAGGACGGCGAAAAAGACUAGCCUGCCCGUCCGAGGCACUCCACUAGUUGUCAUCACACUAUCAAACACUUGCACUUUUUUGCGGGAUCGGUUGGAAGUCAAGACAAAAACCCACCACCGGGCGGUUGACGGCCAUUCCCAAACUGGCUGCAGAUGUGCAAAUCCACUCGGGGGGAAGGGGGCGGGGGGGCGAAACGGUCCCGAGCAGGACGUCACGAGUGCGCGCUCCUCGCGAGCGUUUGUUCGGCUGCUUCCUGUUUUUUCCCCGACAACUUCUUUGUCACCCCCCCCCAAAAAAAGACUCAAGAAGCAAAUAUUUUUGAAUGCAUCGUGACACUACAGCCAAAUAGGAAUAAGCUUUUUCAAUUAAUCGGGAACUGAUCAAGUGUUUUUCUUUCAUUGUCACUGCCAUCGCUCAUUCUCCUUUUAAUUUUUGAUUUUGUUUUUUUCCCCAUUUUUUUUGUGUUCAAAAUCUCCUCUUUGGAGAGCAACUCUUUCUUCUGUAGAAAGAACAACUGUCUUACUAGUAACCUUUUUUCCUAGGGAUGGUUGAGUACCGAUACCAAGUAUCGGUAUCGGGCCUAUCCCGGCCUUAUUUCAAGGUAUCGGGCACUCGUGAAGCGUGCCGAUACAAGCCACUGAUACUAAGGCAAAAAAAAAAAAAAAAAUCAGACAAUGAGUAAGUCCUCCUGGCCAGUAGUUGGCACUAUACUGCAUCCGUUUGACACAUGGGCGAAUGAUCAUGUGCGUCAGAAAGAAAGAAAACGGUCUUUGUUCACAAUCAUCUGUCGUGUUAAUAGAAAUGUUAUGUAUCAAAAGUACUAGUGGUAUCAGUACUCUGUAUUGGUGAGUACGCAUACCGGUAUCGGUCUGGAAAAAAGUGGUAUCGAACGUCCCUGGUUUCUUCCGCACUAGCGUGCGGCCCUUACACUGGAUGGAUUCGAUACCCACCACCCUAAAGUCCUUGUACUUGUACAUUCUUUGUCCUCACUAGUAGAACAACUAAUCCCCUGGUUGUACAAGUGUGUCAUACUUAACUUUUUUCCACUACUUUUGCCCGACUAGCACGCAUUUAAACCUUCCUAGUAAACUACUGUGGUGCACUACUAGACAACUAGUAGGUAUAUGUCACACACCAGUAGCCGCCCAGACCCUGCGAGCAUCACCAAAAUGGCCACAAGUAGUGUUGCCUUACUAGUGACAUGUAGUUGUCCCACUAGUUUGCUAAAAUUGCCCUACUAGUGUGCCAAAAUGUCAUACAGUAGGAAAGAAAAAAAAAAAAAAAAACUUGACUAGGAAGACAGUUGUUCCACUAGUGCAGUUUUGCCUCACUACUAACAUGUAGUUGUUCUACUAGUAUGCCCAUACUAGUAGGACAACCACAUCAAUAGUGACCCAAAACUGUACUCGUGACAUACAAUUUAUUCAAUAUCCUUGAUGUCCCCUUUAAGGUCCAUGUGCUAGUUUGUAGUGAAAGACAAUUCCACUAAUAAUGUGCUUUUUACUAUGAUAUUUCUGCGCACUAGUAGAAUGGCAAGAGCACAGUAAUAUAACUACUUGUUACUAGUGAGGUAAAACACUGCACUAGUUUGUGGGCAACUAGUACUACUUGUGGAGCGCUAGAUGUUAACUAGUACAAUUUUAAAAUGUCACUAGUAGCAUGCAGUUGUCACUUAGUACAGUGUUCCUCACUAGUAACAUGUCCUAGGAUGCCAAAACUUUCCUAAAAGCUCUUUGUCACUAGUAAGACAAUUCAGCACACUAGUCUAACGACUGACUUACUGUGACCUUCCUGCGCACUAGUAGGACAAUUUGGGUACAGUAGUACAACCCCAAUUCCAAUGAAGUUUGGACGUUGUGAUAAACAUAAAUAAAAAACAGAAUCUCCGUUGUCGUAUUUUACGCUUCAUAAUGCGCCACGCAUUAUCAAUGGGAGACAGGUCUGGACUGCAGGCAGGCCAGUCUAGUACCCGCACUCUUUUACUACGAAACCACGCUGUCGUAACGCGUGCAGAAUGUGGUUUGGCAUUGUCUUGCUGAGAUAAGCAGGGGCGUCCGUGAAAAAGACACUGCUUGGAUGGCAGCAUAUGUUUCUCCAAAACUUGUAUGUACCGUUCAGCAUUAAUGGUGCCUUCACAGAUGUGUAAGUUUUCUGACGUGUUCCUGAGCCCAUGCGGUGAUAUCCUUUACACACUGAUGUCGUUUUUUGAUGCAGUGCCGCCUGAGGGAUCGAAGGUCACGGGCAUUCAGUGUUGGUUUUGGGCCUUGCCGCUUACAUGCACUGAUUUUUCCAGAUCCUCUGAACCUUUUGAUGAUAUUAUGGACCGUAGACGACGAAAUCCCUAAAUUUCUUGCAGUUGUAUUUUGAGGAAAAUUGCCCUUAAACUGUUUGACUAUUUUGUCACGCACUUGUUCACAACGAGGUGAACCUCGCCCCAUCUUUGCUUGUGAAUGACUGAGCAAUUCAGGGAAGCUCCUUUUCGACCCAAUCACGGCACCCACCUGUUCCCAAUGAGCCCGUUCACCUGCGGGAUGUUCCAAACGCGUCUUUUUUUGGAACGUGUUGCAGCCAUAAAAUUCUAAGUUAAUGAUUAUUUGCUAAAAACAAUCAAGUUGAUGAGUUUGAACAUUAAAUAGCUUCGUAGUGUAUUCAAUGAAAUAUAGGUUGAACCCGAUUUGCAAAUCAUUGUAUUCUGUUUUUAUUUAUGUUUAACACAACGUCCGAACUUCAUUGGAAUUGGGGUUGUAGUCGGGUUACUAGUGCCUAUUAUUAGUUGACCAGUAAAGUUGAAUUGUGUACUAGGAGGCCAAAAGUGGCACGAGUUGUGGGGAAAAACAUAACGAGUAAGACAUGGCUUUUCUACCAGAGGCCUAGUUUUUCCUAAUAGUUUACUGAAUUGUCUUACUAGGCUGACUUGAGUUCAAUGAAAUGAAGUAGUGACAAACACGAAACUAGUGUUUCUCCUCACAAGUCCCUCUCGAGACUUGUGAGGAGAAAAGAGAGAAGGAAGAAAAAAAAAAGCUGCUUGCUCGGGUUCAC